AUGCUUUGCUGCGCCGUCCACAAAUCACUUGUCAACCGCGCGCCUCCGCCCCUCGUGCCGUCCUGCCGCCAAACCCCCUCCGACUGCUUCCAGCCCUUUCACGGGCUUCUCCUCCAAUCCGACAAGUCGUUCGAAGCCGCCAUCCACGGUGCUUUCGCUCCGCCCCGGCUCAUCGACGCACGCCUCUCCCAGGUCGCCAUCACCACGCCUACUCGGGCUGGCGGUGCCCCCAACGCCUCCGCCCGCCAUAUCAAUCCACCACCCUCUCUAAACCAAACCGAGGCCGCCCCGACCGCUGCCAGCCAGGCUUCCUCUCGCCGUCGACGGCGGGACCCUGGUCCUCUUGAUCAGCACAUCAACAAGCCUUUACGUCGCCACGAGUGGUCCUCAAAGGAUCGCCGAUGGACUCGCCAUGAGCUCGACUCGGAGCGUGCCGACUUCUUCGACACAAGGGUCCUGUGGCACCCAACCGCUCCUGACGACUCCAACGACGACGAUCUUGACGGCCUCGCCACCGCCCAGUCUAUACUCUCGGCCGCCGAAAUAUCGUUGCCCACUGGCGAUCUCGCCAAUGGCGUAUACGACUCGCUAGGGAACUACUAUCAACUCCCCGGCUGGGUCGUCUCCGACCCCAGCAACCUAGCUCAGGAUGGUGACGCAAACGCCAAGGGAGACUUGUCGACCCCGGAUGAGGAUUCUGCCGAAGAGGUCCAAGAGCUAGCCGUCACUGAUGCGCAGAAGCGUCGCGAGGAAAAGGGCAAGGCGGUCCUUGAUCUACGCGAGCAGAUGACUCUACGCGCACGCCUAAGCGAGACCGGCCGUGACGUCCAAGUCAGCAUGGGCAAGUCAGAUCUAGCACGCAGCGUCGCCAGGAGCAUCGCGUUAGAAGCAGCGCUGCCCUCCAACAAGAGGAUCCGGCUCGCUUACAUGGGCAAGAUUCUCAGGGAGAAUUCGACACUUGAGGCUCAGGGCUGGCAGGGCGGCCACGUCAUCAAUGCCUUUGUCUUCUAG